AUGAAUUUAUCGGGUGUGCGGCUGGUUCGUGCAGUGCGACGCAGCUAUGUGGACCUGGAUUUUGCUCGACACAUACCAAAAGAGUAUGUGGAUCGGCUGAAACGUGUGGUGCCCAAGAAGGUCUACGAUAAUCGUUUCGGAGCACCUGCCAUCACAAGAUGGACGUUUGUGAAUUGA